AUUUAGAGGGAGGAGGAAGGGGGUGCAGCCUGAGGCGCCGCGCGUGGUGGAUAAAGAGGGGAAUGUGCUGGAUGUGGUGAACGAUGAAGCCGUCGUGGACGAUGACGACGAGGGCAAUACAAAGGUGGACGAGUUUGGUCAUCUACUCGGGGGUCGGGAAUACCGCGUGCGCACCUUCACCGUCAUCGGGCGAGGCGAACGGCUCUACAUGUUGUCCACGGAACCCGCGCGCUGCUGCGGCUUCCGCGACUCCUACCUCUUCUUCACCAAGCACCCCAAGCUCUACAAAGUCCUGCUGUCGGACGAGGAGAAGCGCGACCUGAUCGACCGCGAAAUCCUGCCGUCGAGCUACAAGGGGCGCAACAUCGGCGUCGUCACCGCCCGCUCCGUCUUCCGCGAAUUCGGCGCGCGUAUCAUCGUCGGCGGCCGCAGAAUCACCGACGACUACAAAGUGACAGACGCUCGCGAAGCCGGCGAAGUCGAGGGCGAGCUCGCGGACCCCGAGGAUAGAAUCCCGGAGAAGAAAGAGGACUAUAAUCGCAACCGCUAUGUAGCAUGGCACGGGGCGAGCGAGGUCUACCGCUCUUCUGGCCCCGUGGGCGGCGGCGCGGUCGCGCAUCCCGGCAAGCCUGGCCCCGUCGGCAAGCGGAGGAAUAACAUUACCCUGCAGAACUGGCAACAUCUGCACGCGAAGGAGGCGAGUCGCUUCAAUGCGGCGCUGGUGGAGGCGCGGCGCGCGAACCUCGACGGCGUGUACGAUUCGAAUACGAACUUGAUGCUCUACCCGAAAAUCAUGCAGCCGACGCACGCGAGGUGGGAGUGGGUUGCUCCCUCGACGGGCACAGAGCAUGGCGACGACGAGAGGAAACGUCUCACGAACGGCGAUCACACCAACCACCCUUCCGCUACAAUCUUCCCGCCCGUCCCGCCAGUCGUUUCCCGCAACUUCACCGUCCUCGACACCUACUUCUCUUCCCCGCCGGUUUCGCAGCCUGGCUACCCGGGCCCCGAUGGGCACGUUGCGGACCCCAGUUCGGGGCCGAAUGGAUUGUCUUCCAUCUCUGAUGAGCUGGUUGCGGAGCUACCUGAGGCUUGUCGGAGGGCGUUUGAAGUGGAGAGGGAGAAGGAGAGGGCGUGGAAGGGGCAGUGGGGGGCUGAGGCGCAAAGUGGAUCGCGAGGGCAGAUCAGGAUUGGGCUGGUUGGCCAUCCUGUGUAGAGGAGAUGUCCUAGUGAGAAGAGGAGGUGUGCUUGUAGUGCAUUGUACUUUUAGCGAUUGCAACAGACGAGACCAGA